CACGUCAUCAGAAUCGGCACGCCCUCUGUUGUACACUAUCUCCCCCAGUGCAAUAUACUUUAUUACUCCAUAGUUGGUUGUUAUCACUAGCAAAGGUGAAAGUGAAUUAAGUAUUAUAUAAAAUGGCUGAAAGCGCACCACAAGAUAUGACAAAAUUAGUUCGCCCGUAUUAUUUAAAUUCUUCUUGCCAAGAAGGUAAUAGGUGCAAUUUUAGACAGACACCUAGAUUUCGUGAAAAUAUCGUCUGCCGUUUUUCUUUGAAAGGCAUUUGCAUGUUUGGUGAUAAUUGUUGGUAUUCUCAUCCAAAAGCUGAAGAUGAUGUUUAUUAUAUAUCUCAACCUUGCAGUGAAGAGCAGAAUACUGGUCAUUUACAGCAACAGACAGGGAAUAUGGAUAUUUUUCCCGCCGAAAGAAAUUUUCAAAAUUUCAACACUAGUUUAAAUGGUGAGGCAUCUCUUUGUCGUGAAUCAGAUUUACACGACUGGAUAAAUGCACCUGAAUUCGUGCCGACAAGCAGCAAAUAUUUAGCCACUGCUUCGAAUUCAAAUGACAGUGCUGAUAGUUCAGAGCCACAAAAGUUGGAUAUGGAAUUCUGCCCGCACUUCUUUGACGGUGUUUGCCCAUUCGACGAUUGCCCAUGCAUCCAUGGAGAGUUAUGUGAACUGUGUCAAAGAUAUUGCUUGGAUCCCUUUGAUGAGAAGCAGCGAGGACUUCAUAUUGCAGUCUGUAGGCAUGAGCGAGAUACGGAUAAUCGACGCGAUUUGUCAUGUGGUAUAUGUUUUGUUCUGCUGAAAUUCUCUUUUUAA